CGGACAGCGACUUAGACAGACACGACAACAGUGUUCGGUACGCGACUGGUACACACGACGUAUACAGGAUAGAGAAGACUAAGACGACCUAACGGGUCCCUGUAAGUUGUUCUUAUGGAGGAAACGAAGUUGUAAAAUCAUCAAGGAUUCAUUGAUUGCGUUUUGUAUUGUAACUUUACAUGAACAAAAGAAGAUAUCACUAGUUGGUCUCUACAGCCUUGUUUAUACUAUAUAACGGAACAGACCAGUAAGUCAUGACCUGUGUUCUUUCGAUGAGUGCGGUGUAUAACAAUCCGUGUUGUGGCGGAUUCAGAGGAGGAGGAGGAGGAACAGACGAAACAGCCUCCCAAACAGACUUUGAUUAUCACUGGAUUAACUCCUCUAGUCCCCGGCUAGCUACAGACACGGGAACAACCACAUGCUCUUGUCGAUUUGACAAGCAGACCACAUUGAGUCGAACUCCGGCCAAACUAGAACGUCCAGGCCUGCGGAAAGAGGAAUCCACAAAUAAUUGUUGCAAGAAUGAUACACAUGAGAUAGAAAUGAAAGUGGAUGAAAGGAGGACUAUCGGGGUUAAAAGGAAAUUAGAUUCCAACACAGAGGACUUGAUAGACAGGAUACCGCCUAAGCGUAUCUCGCCUUUUCUCAAUACACCCAAAGAACGCAAGGAAGAAAGGAGGAGAGUUUUGAAAAUAUCUAUUCAAAAAUUAAGACAGAUGGAGGACCCCGAGCAUUUUCUACGGCGUUCUGUCUUGAUCAAUAACACGUUAAAGAAAGUGCAGAAAGAAAUUCGGGAGGAAAAACAGAAAAGUUAUCAAGGAUAUAAAAGCUGUAUCUACAGACUUCGCCCUCAUUACAGCUAUGAUGUGUUAAACAAUAGUUACUUACAGGCCUCUCCCAAUGGAUAUAUGAGUAUGUUCGAGGGUCAAUAUUCCAACCCUGACGAGUCGGAAAAAUUCCAAGACGAAAUUACUGACACUCUUGUGAAGAGUUUAGAGGAGACCUCAGCAAUUAAAGACAACAUUUCCACCAACUCGUCUUCACCUCUGCUCUCGAGGCAGACGGAAUCCCACGGGAUUAAUAUGGACGAUAGGACAGAAAUUGACAUUUCCACCAGUGAAAGUCACAGAGAGAAACAGAUAUGUAAUGACAUGGACGCAGUCUUUAAUAAUCUGAUACGUGCUCUCGGGGAAACAUAGCGGCGGAACACUGCCGAGACAGCACUGUGUGUGAGAAAGUGUGUACUAUACCACGUAGGACAAGUGGAUGUGGUGCCCCUUAUUGUAUUCAACAUGUUGGAUGUAUGCUAAUUUUAUCACUGGAUGCAAAGACAAAAACACAAUAUGCCAUUAUAUGAAUCUGGAAUUUAUUAUCUCUCGAGGAUGAGUGCAUAUUCAUGUGUGCAAAGAAAUGUCCGAAAGGAAAAUCAUCUGCUCGGAGUACUUGUUAAUUAAAUGGUGGGAUUAUACUUACUACUCAGCUUCUACGUUAUUAUAGUAGUGGAACAAAUCGAACUUGGAUUUUAUUUGCCACGGUACGGUAGUGACACUAACAUUGGUGGGCUAAUUCAGCAGUGAUAUUUAUAUUUAUUAUAUGUUGACUUGCAAUGAAAACACAAAUGCUAAAUUAUGUGAAACAAUAAUAUUUAUAUAAAUAUAUUUACGCAUAUGAUAUGAGAUAUAUUUCUGUCGACACAUGACCUAAAUUAUCAAACUGUCAGAGGCAUCUGUUAAAAAUGAUAAAAUCUAGGCAUUUUAAACUUGUAAAUGAAAAUGCUACGGUCUUAUUCUCAAAAUAUUUAAAAUGUGAUAUGAAAACAAAAUAAAUUAUUUUAAGUUAAUGUUAUUUAAUGGGUAUGUUUUCCCUUUUCUAUUUAUAAGUUGUAUUUUAGAUAUAAUUUAAAAUACUAGACAAAUUGAAUCAAGACAGGGCAAGAUACUCUAGGAAACAAAAAUAUCAUUUCUUUUCAACAUGUGUCAUUAUUUGUUAUUUUGUAUGCAUUAUUGUUGAUAUCCACUUUAAUUCUGCAAAUAGAUUAAUUAAAAUUAACUUUUUUUAUCUUGCCGAGUGGGGGGCUAGCGACAGUUGAAUUCAUUAUCCCCGUAGUAGUAGCCCAAAUGUCGUUCUACUAUCACUAAGUGGCCUGCGGCUGAUGUAAGACAGCCCUGGUCUCGGCCAUUAAUCACUUGAUUUUGCUUGCAAUUGACAACACUUGGAUGUCGGGAUAUACCCUACCGUCGCUCGCUGUGUACUUAACAUCGGGUUUUAAUGUAAGUGUAGUUAUGUUUCGGCUCUGUCUGUCAUUUAACGUUAAUACACUUUAAUACAGAGCUAUUGCCGCAUACACGAUUUCUUUAUUUGCAGUUGCCAUAUUUUACUGUGCUGUUAAAUAUUCUGUUAGCAUCCUAUUAAUAUCUAAUGUGUAGGCUGAUUCUGUCUUUAACGUAUUGUUAUAAUUCCCUUGAUGAUCGAUAUAAUUGAUUAUAGGAACGCAUUCCGUGUUCUGUGAUCCGUCACACAAUAUCUUUCCUUUCUGGCGAACUGAUGCCGGGUCAGUCAAUGUAUUCCCUAUCUGUGUAAGACACGGACAUCAAUAUACAAAACAAAUAUUAUAUGUACAUGUUAAUUAUGCAAACAGACUAACAUCGUUCUAAAUGAAAUAGGUUUCGCGUCUAUGUUACAAGUCACCCAGAAUAGAGUUGGGUACGUCAUAACCAGGUAUUACGUACUAUACCUAGGUAUUGAAGUGUGCUGUGCGUGCGAAUGAUGUACUGGACUGUCAUGGUAUGACCCAGUCCACACUCCGACGCACGCAUUAGAAUUAAAUACAGGUGAUUAAACUGAUUGUUAAUGCGACAAAUGUGACAAACCAAGAACACACAAGUAAAAUGUUAUAAGGGGAUCUAUUUAAAUACUAACUGUUUACAUGUAUAAAAUUAAAUUAAAUAUUGCCGUUUACAUUCUGUGUAUGGGUGCGCGUUAUUUUAAACAAUAACAACUACAGACUAGCCCUAGGUAGCCGAGGCGUCGCGAGUUCACCCUAUUGAGUUGUGGAUCUAAUAAUUAAACACCAAUAACAAGACAUGCGUGACACCCCUCCCGACAGCUGGUCUUUACAGCUAUUUGUAAAGGUUCAAAUGCGGGGUUACCUUUAUAGCGGGGGUUAGGAGACUUCUGCUUUCAAUGCAGGUUUUUAGACUUGUAACUGAAUAUUUCUUAACAGGUAUCAACUACAAUUAACGUUUGAACAGCGACUGGAGACCGUGUAAUAUAUACAGCGGGAUUUUAGUGAAAAAAUGACAGCGUUAUAUAUGCCAAUAAAUGGUUUAGAUUAAAACACAUAUGCAUGUGUUUUAGAGGUCUGAUGCCCCUUUUUAGAUGCAGCUAUUGCAACAGACUUACAGUUGUAUAAAAACAAUUUCAUCACGGUUUCCUUUUUUAGUCUGAUAAGCAGCUAUAAAACAGCAGUGUAGCCAUUUCUACACUAGAACGCAAGGGGGUGAUUGUGGAUAUGGAGUAUUACCUAGGGGGAAAUGUGAGUUAAGAUUACAACCCGACGGGAAACAGAAGCAUGGUUACUGGAUCGGUAAAGGAUACAUAUAAUUAGUUAUAAAUAGUUAGAUCUAAAACUGAUAGCGACUACAAACAGUCUACCAAACAAUUCAAUCAGAGAGAUGUAUGCUAAAGUGUGUCGCCCCAUUAACGAUAUUUAUACCGUAGUACAGAGCGCUUGUAAAACACACUUAACGUAGAUUCUAAUCAAUAAAUCACGGUCCUAAUUUUUUGUUUAAACGGAAAUGAUAUUUUUAGUUAAAAUGUAAUUUGUUAUUUUAACUGUUCUUUGUAUAUGAUAAAGAUAUGAUUGACACUACAGGUAGUAUUAUAUUAUUGGAACGUGAUCGCAUUGUUCCGUACUUAGGUAUGUAUUGACGUUUCAAAGAAGGCCGUACUUGGCUGUCGUAAAACACGUGGAUCAUGUGAAAAUGGCCAUACUUUGUUAAGUUGUAUGUGUAAUAGGUGCCUUCAAAGUUCAGCUAGUGCCAUUACCGUCUAUACAGGUGUACCAUACAGGUAACAUUAGGUGUAUAGAGCGAAGAAAGGAAGCACUCUGAAGGUUACUAAAUUGUGCGACAA